AUGAAGAAGGCCAAGGAAGGGGCAACACGAAGACUCAGAAUCGCCAGCUUUCUUUGCUUAUUAUUCAUGAUUUUUGAAUUUGUUGGUAAGAAAUGUCUCUUUGUCCUGCUUAUAUUAUUUUGCUUUGACAGAGCCCAACAAAAGAACGUUAUCACUCACGCAAAUCCGUCAUAUCAAUUUACUACCAAUAUCAUUUACCACAAUGGACAUAACAGCCAUAAAUAUCCAUUUUUUUCUUUUUUUUUUUUGUAGUCGCCUGUAACGAGGAAUACAUUACAGUAUAUAUGUUUACACCCCAACAGUUAAAGAAUGGUCUCCCGUAUGGUGGCUACUUCAAAUAAUAAUUUCAGUUUAAUCACUCCAACUUUUUGCGCAGUCUGGCUUCAUGGAUGACUAGCCUUUCAUACGAAUUCCUUUUAACUGCUUGCUGCGACUAUUUAUAAUUAUCUUGUACACUUUUGCUGUAAGGUAGUGUACAGCUACAAUGGAGGACAAAAAUCCUUGGAACGGUUAUGGAAAACCUUCCUUCCACAUCCUUAGCUUAUCAAAUGUUCAGAUGUAGCAUAAUAUGCACUUCUCUAACCCCUUGGAUACCGCGACUGGCCCUCCCCUCCCCCUCCAAACAAUGUUGGGACGAAGAAACACUUUUAGAACAGGGUAAGUGUACAGGGGUGCACAAACUACAACAUUGCUUGGGGGAGAGGGGGAAAGGGGGAAAACUUAAGGCAAAUCGUGUUAAUUGUCCUAAGAAUUUUGUCCUCCAUUGUAGCCUGUGUGAUGUAGGCGUUCGAAGGUGGGGGGAAGGGGGGCGGGGGCACUUUGCGCGGCGAAUUUGAAUUGUGCGGCGGAAUACGUGCGUGUUUAUUUUAUAGAGCUUAAGUUUUAAACGAGGUUUCAGUUUUGCUAAAAACUACUCCCAUUACUGUAUAUAUUGCUUAUAAAAUUUGUCAACUUGACACCAGCAAAGACUUUCAAGAAUUAAUUAUUAUCAAUUUGACACCAGCAGAAACCUUCAUGAAUCUAUUAUUUUAAUAACACGAGUUUGCGCCAAAAGGUUCUUGACAUUAAUAAUAGGAUUUUUUUUUAUCUUUUUCUAACUUCUGAUUAACUUUAUCAAGUAACUCAGUCAAUUGCUUGUUUACCCACUUGGCACCUUCUUCCUUGACUUCCUUAAAUCUCAAUACAACCUCGAUUUUAAAAGAGAGAGGGGGCUUAUUAGCUUUGUUCCCCUAAAACGGAGAGGCGUAUUUGAGGGGGCAGGGGAGGAUUUACGAUAAUUGACGACUUUGUGUCCUCUCAGUCCAAUGCAGCAUUCACAAGAGCCAAAGUGCUGUAUUAUAGCUCAAAUGGUCGCAUUAUGGCUCUUGCAUUCACUAAUACUUCUUUCUAUUCAUCAUUAUUUCAGGUGGAUAUUUAGCUAAUAGUCUCGCUAUCGUGACAGACGCCGCACAUUUGAUGUCAGAUUUUGCUGGUUUUAUGAUCUCGUUGUUAGCCUUAUGGAUAGCUACAAAGCCUGCCACUACCACUCUGUCAUUUGGAUGGCAUCGUGCAGGUACCAAGGACUGACAAGGGGUGAUGGGGUUUGAUCUUGAGGGGUUAGGGAGGGGCGUGGUAGCAGAGAGAGGAUCUACAUGGCUCUCCAGUGGGCAUAUUUACAAAGUGUUGCCGAGUUUAAUUUGUAAAGGACGCAAAAGGUAGCCUCUCUCUAGCCAAGCGUGGUCAUUGCACGCGUGCUGAACAAGAAUGCUGUAUAAUGACAGACUAGAAACAAUAGACAACUCCCAAAGCACAAACUCAGCCAAAACGCUAAAAAUCUUCAAUGUUUACUCAAGUUUGGGCUUAUAGAAGAUAAUGUCACAGUUUUUCAAUGACCAUGAAAUUCAGAGUCCGGGUAGUUAGUUAAUCAAUUGUGGCCCUGAAAAAAUUUGAAGGAAAAAAAACUACGAAUUUUUAAGAAAAUGCUUUUUUCGUGAGAAGGACUCUUAAACGCUGACAAACGUCAACAAAUAGCGAAAACUAUAAUUUCUAUAUGUUUGCUUUGCUCGAAAUCGCGCGCAUUUACAAGGCCCUAAAGCGUUUUGCUGACUUGCAAGGACCCAUCUGUUAUAACGAUGCCCAAAAUAAAGAGAUGAAUCUCAUAGUUUAUUAGAUAUAAUCCGUGUAAAGUUUGCUUAUCAUUUUCGCAUAAAUUAUGACCUAAAUUUGGAAACCGCUGAAUUUCUCGAAUUGGGUCUUUGCGAUUUUGGUGAAACUCUGUUCAGCGCAAGGCACUAAUGCGCACUAUGUGUAGCCGAGAGAUUUUCACGAAAAAAUGCCGGCAACAGCAGAUUUUCGACUCAGACCUCAAAAGGGGCGUGGCAUUAUAACCACGUGACAUUUACUCCGAUCGCCCAAAAUUUUAUGUUAUAUUGUAGGUUGAUCUAUAUGUUAUCCAUUCUAUGUGUUAGACUUACGAUAAAAGUAAAGGUGGGGAUACCAGAGAGCUUCAAAGUAGGAUGGUACCCCCUAAAAAAAACUGGGUCGAGUCACCUUAAAUUUGAUAAUCCUAGCGAGCUUUAAGUAACAAAAGCGCUAAUUUGCACAAGAAAGCAAAAACGCGAAGGAUUCUGGUCGUAGUAGUAAAAUGACGCCAUCAUGCAAAUGACCUAUUCAACCAAUGUUAAUUUAUUAAGAUCAAUAAAACAAAAGAAAUCACCUUGAGGGUUCAGGGAUGAAUUAUACAUUUUUUAAAUUUUGUUUUAUUCCCGGAAGCCUUACCCUGCGAGCAGAGGCCCUUCGAUAUAGGAAGAUCGAAGGGACACGGCUCGCGGGGUAGGAAGCCUCGAAGCCCAGUACAAAUUUCAGUAAUUAUAUUGAGAAGCAGAGCACUCUAGUAUUUGAAUUGGUCCUUGUGAAUCUCUCACGUUAUUGUCAAUGACGAGUGCGCUAAGUUAUAUAUUACUAUUGUGAAUCUUGUUUGCAGAGGUGAUGGGCGCCCUGUUGUCCGUACUGUUCAUCUGGGUACUCACAGGAGUUAUAGUUUAUCUGGCAAUUCAAAGAAUCAUAACCAAAACGUACGAGAUAGACGCAAAGGUUAUGCUCAUCACUGCAUCUGCAGGGCUCAUUGUUAAUGUUAUGUAAGUUGAUAAAACAAUUACGCUGCAUUGCUGCGAGCCCUACAUAGUGGCAUACAAAAAAUAGGACACGAUUUGCAUUGUUGUUACAAAACUGUUGUUUACACUGUUAGUUUCACGAGUUAUAUAUACAGGUUAAUCCCAUUAUGACUCUUAGAGGUCGUCUCUGAGGUAGAAGUAAUUUAUACACACCCAAGUGAAAAUGGAUAUAUAGCCAGUCCUUUCAUCAUCUUAUUAGCCAAAAAGAGCGCUCAAAAUUGAUGUUAUCUACUUUUUGGUAUAUCAUCGCUCCUAUAUAAUUGUGAAGUCUCUAGCUAGUCGAGCGCAUUAAAUACUCUUCCAAGCGUCGCAUUGAAUUUGUUUUGAUGUAAUGUAGUACUAAAGAAUUUGGGGCGUGCCCCUAUGGAUCAUUUGUUCCUCGAGUUAAAUCUUUGAUCAGGACUGCGAAUUAUCUUUUACAGAUUAGCUGCGGUACUCCAUCAAAAGGCGCAUGGCCACAGCCAUGGCUUCAGCAAAAAAAAGAAAACCGAGUUAAAGAAACCAAAGGCUUCCCCUUCCAGCUUCAUCAUAGAAGAAGAGGCAGAAAAUGUGAACGUUAGAGCUGCCUUCAUUCAUGUCUUGGGCGAUUUUCUGCAAAGUGUAGGAGUCUUUUUAGCUGCUCUUCUUAUUUGGUUCAAGGUGAGUUUAAUUGGUGCAAGCAUUCGCUCUAUCAAUUGCCUUGACACUUAACAAUGUUUUUCUAGGCUUGCAUUACUUGAUGCCCUGUCUACUAGGAAAACGGCCGCGCGAUUUAAUUGGGCCACGGAACUGGGCAGGUUACAACCUAAAUCCCCCUACGUCGUGUUUUUACUUACGAUUGGCACUAAAAUGGAUACCCCAAGUCAGAUGGUCAUCUUCACGUAAAAUACAUGAUACUCUUACAACCUCAAGUAGUAAAUAUAAGAUGGAGGAAAAUAGGAGGAAACAGAGCACGUAAGGCUUGGAUCACUAUCAUUAAUGUUUUAUUCAUAAUCCACAUCCUCCACUGCACCAGCAACUGCUAAGACCGGUUAUUUUUAACGUACGUCUUACGGCAUAGCUUAUAAUCACAUUUUUUGAAAGCUAGCUGAUGUAAAGCAGUUCUUAGCCCUUAUCAUUGUGCUUGAGUUCUAAAUCCUAUGCACAACUCAUUUCCUUGCACAACUGGCACGCUUUUCUCAAUAAGCGGUUCUCUCAUGACCCGGAGGAUUGCGUUGUGUAGUAAUCACGAGAUGUCAAAUCUGAUUUGGGGCCAUCCAUUAUUCUCGUCAUCACAGUUACGUUUACUUCGGCUCAGCUCUACUGCACCAAAACAUAAACCUAGACUCUUCACAAUGGCUACAUUGGGGACAGGAGUAUGUGGUGGUAGUGAGAGAGGUGGAUAUACAAGUGAAUGUAUCUAUGACUAAGCAGUAUUAUUAUGUGAAGAAAUUAGAUGCAGACAACUUUUAACUAAAUGGUCCUUGAACCGAGACGUCAAAAACAACGAAGGCGCACCGAAAAACGGGGGCUUCUUUAAGGCCAUGAUGCUAUGACGAUGUGAUAAAAAGAUGCCAAAGGAGUCUGUUGUUAAUUAGUCAUGUACGUCAAUGUUUUAAAAUUUUUCUUUUGUUUGUUUGUUUUUUCUCCUAUAGCCUUCAUGGGAGAUUGCAGAUCCUAUUUGUACUUUUGUGUUCUCUGUGAUCGUGUUAGGAACCACAUUAGCUAUUCUGAAAGAUGCUGUUAUUGUCCUUAUGGAAGGUAAGCUCUAAAACACCAUUACAUGUAUUAUGGAUAAUUACCCUAUACGAGGUGUAGCGACCAAGUGUCAUUUUAAGGCAAAGGGUAAACGUGAGGUUCAAUUGACGUUUCGUCAAAUUAGGAAAGGAUCAGCUAAAAUCAAAUAAAGGAGGCCAAAAAAUUCCUAUGAAUGAUUAACUUUGCAUGAAACUAGUCUGGAUAUUCCUGUGUAGAUAUAAUAGGGAGUGAACGAAAUUAGGAAAGGCGAAACUUGGUCACGUGGUACGCAAACGUGAUUCUAAAUCUCUCUACACUAUCUCUUAGAAUUAGAACUGACGGUGCCAAUUUCCUUGGUUAUUUCGCUCCACAGGAGUUCCAAAAGGCCUCAGUUUUAGUAAUUUAAAAGCGAGUCUUCUAGAAAUUCCCGGAGUGUUAGCGGUUCAUGAUCUUCACGUAUGGUCACUUACAGUUGGGACAACCGCCAUUGCAGUUCAUCUAGUGAUAGGUACGUAGUUGUUAUUAACAGUCUCCUUCGAGUCAGACGGGUGCAUGACCAAGCUGUACAGACGGACGGCAAGACUGAAGGGAAAAAUGGUUUUAAAAGAUCGUCUCGUACUUUUCAUGACCAAUGCCUUCGUACGAGUUGAUAAAUGUUAUUUUAGCCUAUAGAGUGCUGGGUUCUGGCAGAAUUACGCGGCAAUCAUGAAUAAACUUUGGUAGUUUAUGAGCCUCGCUUUCAUAUAUUGGAAAAAUCGCAGACGAUCUGCGAUUUCUGUUCCUUGAUUACUUCGACUAAUGAAAACCAAAAUCCUAGUUGAGGGGAUAGUUCGCGGAAGUUAUUCAGGGAAGGGUCUCUACAUUUUCGACUCCUAGAUUUCUCCGAUGGAAGGUAGUCAUUUGCCACGUAAGAAAACUCAAGUCCGGGGUGUCGGAGAACGUCGGGGUACUUUUAGCUUGGGACCAAUCUGCUAAUGGCUCCAGUCUCCAAACUCAUGCACAAAUCAAAACACCGUUUCGGGAAGAUCCAACCUUGGUGACAGAGGUUUUUCAAACGUGGUUUCCAGUUUUAAGUUAUGCCUUUAUAAUGACCCACUUCUCUGCUAGCUCUCUUCGCCUGCUCGGCUGCGGUCGAUGAAGCUUUUCGUCGCAAACGUCGCACCCGAAAAAAACAAAACUGGCACCCAAGUCAGGUCAGAUUGCGGGUUGUCCCGAUCAUUACGUAUCGACAAACAUCUGAGAUGGUCGGAAGAAAAAAUGAAACCACUUAUCGUCUGGGAAUUUCGCAAUAUAUCGAAACCAGGUUGUAAAUGACCCGAAUGUUAACCCAGGGGAAUCUCAAAGGUGUAUUGAAAGUUCAACACUCGGGAUGGGGUACCUUCUUUUGGUCCUUCGGUUAAAGAGAUCGCUUAGCUUCUCGUAAUUCCCAUCUCGAUAAUGCCUCAGGGACAGCGCCUCCUGAUACGAUAACAUUAACAUGCAUUUUAUCUUCCCUGUAGACGACAGCACUAGUUCUCAAAUGGUCUUAGAGGAGGCUUCACGCAUUUGCAGCCAAGAGUUCGAUAUAGACCAUAGCACAAUCCAAGUUGAGACUUCAAGUGAAAAAACUGCUGAAUGCAUUCAGUGCGAUGAGCCAACCUCAUAA